AUGGCACCUCGCCCGCGAUCUUCGCGGAGAGCCGUUUCGGAGAGGGCGCGAAAGCCAAGCGGUUGUGUGCAACCGAACGGCCAAGAAGGGCGCUGCCGUCCGUCCAGGCUGCUGGCAGCAUCACAGCUGAAGCCUGAGCAAGGGAAGUUCGAGAAGCCGGCGAAGCCCGAGAAGGCUUCUCUUCAAGGCUGCUUGGCCGCGCGCGAGGCAUUGCUGAAGCAGCGCCUGGCAUUCUUUGCAGAUGCUCAAGGCCGGCACCGUGCACUGAACCUGGCCUCUGCCACGGUGCAGGUGUGGAAACAAAAUGUCGCCAGCAGGCGUCUUCUGGCAGCUCAGAGUGAUGCAGCAUUCUACAAGAAGCGUCUCCAGGAAAAACGCGUCAGCGCCUGCCAGCAGGCAGCGGCGCGGCGUUGGGCUUUCGAGGCCGGAGCCUUGGCUGCGGCCUCUGGCACUGCACUCCGGUGCCGAUGUCUGCAAGCUUGGCGGUCUCUAGCCCGAGCAAGGUUCCGGGAUGUGACUGCAGAGGAGUACAGCUCGCUGCUGACAGCGCAUCUUGAACAUAACGAGCGCUGCCUGCGAGUUCUCGAGGCUUGGGCUGUGGGUUUGGAGGCAUCUCUUGUUCGAGUGUGCUUCAAAGCUUGGUCAAAGCAGGAAAGACAAAGCUCAGCCGCAAGCGCGGCGUUCGCUUUCGAGCGGCGUCAAAAGCAAAGACGUCUUGUUGGGGUCCUGCAGAGUUGGGCUCGGCUGUUGCUGAAACAGCGUGGCAGCGCACUACAGGAGGCCAGCGCAAAAGCCCGGCGCCAGGCCGUUGCCAUUCUUCGAUUCUGGCAAUUGCAGGCACAAGUCGAGAUCGCCAGGCGGUGCAGUAAGCGCAGAGCAGAGCGGGCGCCCGCGGAGUGCCAUAGGGCUGCCAUCCUUUCAUGCCGAGGUCGAAUCCUCACACAACUCUGCAUCAUGGCCUGGCGGCUGUUUCAUCGUGCCUUGCAGAUGCACGGCGAUGCAGAGGAGCCGGUCGCUGACGGCGACGGCAUCCGCUUGGGAGAGAUGUCUGCUUGCCUUGCGCCAGUGGGGCCGAAGCGAAGCAGGCUGAGGAGAAUCUCUGCACUGCAAGCGCCGUGUCGCCUCCAGGGGGGUUGCAUCAGUGGAUGCUGGAUGGAAUUCGUUUAG